UCUUUUCCGUAGGUAGGUCAACAUCUUUUGGGGAAUGUAUCUCGGCAUGAUGCUCCAGUGCGCUGAUUCUUUGUGCAUGAAAUGACUUGACAUCCUCGCGACCACCGAGUGAGUGUGCGUGCGUGCGUGCGUGAGCGUCCAGAGAGGAGAGAGAGAGAGAGCGAGAGAGCGAGAGAAUAAGCAACUUUGUUACCAGGCAUAGCUGUGUCUCCUCCGGCACGGCGUGCUAAAAGAGAAGCAUUUGGCAGUUAUGGUUGAUCAGCGUUUCUUUCAUCCUCUCAAGUGCAUUAGAGACGACGGACGUGCUCGCGCCGAAUAGAUCCUGUUUCCUGUUUCGUUUUGUCGGAUUAAAGAUAAAAGAUGCGCUGAAAUACCUAACGAGCCGACAUCUCCAUCAAUGAGCGUGAGAUGACAUUGAGGAUGCCUAAUAGCAGGACUGUGAGCUCGGCCGUCAUUUGCAGGAAAAUGCAUCUUUGGAUUUCAUAUGUUUUGCUGAGUGCAACAUCAGUGUGCACUGCUGAGAUGUUUGGCAGUUAUGGGGAAAUAUGUCAAAGACUGUGUGCCUGUGAGGAGAGAGAGGGGAUACUUACAGUGAGCUGUGAAAACAGAGGGAUUGUAAGUCUCUCAGACAUAAGCCCAGUGUACUUCUCCCAGUAUCAUCUGCUGCUUACAGGGAAUCUUUUGAAAAAGCUGUCUGCCAAUGAUUUUGUUGAGUACAAUGGACUUACAAUAUUACAUCUGGGGAAUAAUGACAUAUCUGAGGUUGAAGCAGGAGCCUUUAAUGGACUUCAGGGAUUAAAGCGAUUACAUCUCAACAAUAACAAAAUUGAUGCCUUGAAGGAAGAGUUUUUCUUUGGCCUUGAAAGUCUGGAAUAUCUACAGAUUGAUUAUAAUUAUAUCACUCAUGUGGCGCCAAAUGCCUUCAGCAGACUUCGACAUCUGGAGGUCCUGAUUCUAAAUGACAACUUAAUAUCUACUCUGCCUGUGAACAUUUUCCAGUUUGUGCCACUGACUCAUUUGGACUUGAGGGGGAAUCAGCUCAAAGUGCUUCCCUACUCAGGUCUGCUGGAGCACAUGAACAGCGUUGUGGAGUUACAGCUGGAGGAGAACCCGUGGAACUGUUCCUGUGAGCUGAUUGCUCUGAAAACCUGGCUGGAGAGCAUAUCAUACACAGCUUUAGUCGGCGAUGUUGUUUGCGAGUUCCCGUUUCGGCUUCACGGGAGAGAUCUUGAUGAGGUCUCAAAACAGGAGUUGUGCCCGAGGAGAGCCAUUGCUGAAUAUGAGAUGCCACCCCUGCCACAUUUGAGCAGUGAUGCAUACUACAGGACCACGCCAGCUCUAGUUACAGCCUCCUUCACCUCAUCUGGGAUUGCGCGGUCCUCAUCAAGACCCACCAAGGCACCUCGACAGUCAGGCAAAUUAAAAUCAAGACCCACUGCUCGUGUCCCAUCUAAUAAACCACAAAAUUAUGGCCAAAUUAUAUCAUAUCAGACCAAAUCCCCCGUGCCUUUAGAUUGCCCGACAGCCUGCACCUGCAAUCUUCAAAUUUCAGACCUAGGCCUGAAUGUGAAUUGCCAGGAGCGAAAGAUUGAGCAUAUCUCUGAUUUAAAUCCCAAACCUUACAAUCCCAAAAAGAUGUAUCUCACAGGUAAUUACAUCCCUGUGGUGCGUCGAUCAGAUUUUAUUGAGGCAACCGGAUUAGAUUUGCUUCACCUCGGUAACAAUCGAAUAGCUCGCAUACAUGACAAAGCAUUUGGCGAUUUGACACAUCUAAGGAGACUUUACCUUAACGGGAAUUUGAUAGACCAUCUCACAGCUGACGUGUUUUAUGGAUUGGAGAGCCUACAGUUCUUAUAUUUAGAAUACAAUGUCAUUAAAGAGGUUGCUCCUGAUACCUUUCAGCACGUGCCCAAACUUCAGCUUCUUUUUCUGAACAAUAAUCUCCUGAAAACUUUACCAGUGGGAACGUUUAAUGGCCUGACAUUAGCCAGACUAAAUCUUCGCAACAACCAUCUGCGAUAUCUGCCAGUCAGUGGUGUGCUGGAUCAGCUUACAGCACUGGUGCAAGUCGACUUGUUUGAGAAUCCCUGGGAUUGCUCAUGUAGCAUACUGGAGCUGAAGAUGUGGCUGGAGCAGCUUAGCACAGGCACAGUUGUAAACAAUGUCAUCUGUGGCUCGCCCAAGAGACUAGCUGGGGAAGAUAUGAGAUACAUUAAGACAGCUAAUUUCUGCCCUAAUAACUCUGAUAUAUUUGCCUCCAUGAUCCCACCCUCUGAAGAAUCUUUUCCUGGCAGCACUAUCACCAUAGAAACCUCCUUGGACUCUGACACACAAUACAGUGCCAUUCCUUUAUCUGUGAUGAUUCUUGCCCUUCUCCUCAUGUUCAUUGUGUCUGUGUUUGUGGCUGCAGGACUGUUUGUGGCAAUGAAAAAGAGACGCCAAAAGAGCCAAAAUGAGCAGAAUAAUUCCAUGAAUGCUUGCAUUAGCUCUCUCAAUAUGGAGUAUGGCCUUUACAAAAAGGGAUCCAUCCCAAAAGUCAGAACAUCUGCUGGACAUGUGUAUGAGUACAUCCCACCUACCACAGAAUCCACAUGCAGAACUACAGCCCACACCCCGACGGACAGCAAGUCAGUGGAUGGAUUUAGAGACUUUGAUGAGUUGAGCGGCGCCUUUCUGGGUACCUCAGAUGAAGAGGCAGCCAGUAAUGUAAUAAGCUCAGAAUACAGUGCCACUACUCCAGAGCCGCUUAACAAACCCUCCACCCCUCACCAAGAUGAUCCGUGUUACUACAGAGACGUUCAUGAGCCUGACAAGCACACACGCUACAGCAAUACGCUACCAUGCAGGCAUGCAGCGCAUACAUCGAGUCAGUAUACCUCAGACUUUGAUGCACGGCAUCAAUACAUGCACCCAGAGAGAAUACAACAGACAAUACUCUAUUGUACAGCACCAAGUACUGUCUAUGUGGAGCCCAACAGGAGCGAGUACUGGGAACUUAAAGCAAAGCUUCACAUUGAUCCUGAUUACCUUGAGGUUCUUGAAAAACGAACCACAUUUACACAGUUUUAAGAGACUUGGCCCCUGGACGGUCAGAGUGGAUGCAUUGGUGCAAUGUGUCCAUUUUAAUCAGGAAUCAGAACAUGUUUAAACUAAUUUCUCACCUUUAUUAGUACAGUGCAAUGUGCGCAUCAGUAUGCAUAUCUGUGAAUCAUGCUUUACAGAAUUGACUAAUAAAGGGGAACGCUACUCAUUUCAAAGUAUCACUUCACACUUUAUCCCCAUGGUGUUUAACAGUCUGGUUAAAAUUUGUAAAUACGAAUGAGCAACCACAAGAUUCAAGGCUGUUAUGACUCAACCCAUAAUAAAAUACAUCCUGGAGCUGUUUCACUGACAAUAAUGUGAGACUGAGCUUUUACUCUCAAAUUAGCUGCAUUGCAUAAGUGUCAAUGAAGCGUGCAGAUGAUAUGUUCUUAUCCCAAAAUAAACCGGGUUUUUGUAAAUGUAUUACUCCCAGUUCUGUCUUUUCAAAUUUAUUCAAAGUGAAACUCUCACAUGAGACUAAAUCAAAUUUAUUCCGCAAGUAAAUCUCACCUGUGUGUAGGUGUAGAUGAAAGUCACGUAGCCUCUACAUCUGUACAGAUAUUGUGCUCCAGUGAAAUAUGGAGCCACUGAGAGAGGUAGUUAGUCCUCCUGGGUGCACAGCUCUGGGAUGAUAAUAUUAAAAGCAUGAGCUCAUAAAAUACAUUCGAAUGCAAUGACUCAAACCACAGAUCAUAAAGCCAGUAAAUCCCUGGUCUUGUGUUUGCAGAUUUGGACGAGAAUAAUUAGCAUAUCCUUAAAAUAUACUGAACCAACCGACUGCAUAUAAUGCAGGGUAAUCUGUGAAAAUCAGUGGUGUUCCCCCGAAAGCCUCCCCAUCUACAAACCAACUUCACUUGUGGAUUAUGGACACAUGUUGCACUAGUAUUGGGUUGAAUAUCAAAGUAUUGUAACUGUACUCAGAAAUGUUGUAACUAAAAGAUUAGAAUCUCAGAUGUAUUCAGAUGUAUUAUAACAGAAAUAAUUAGCUUUAACUGUUGGAGUAUAACAUUUGUCACAGAUAUGUGCAAAUGCUCACAGCUUCAAAACACACUUCAUGUUCAUAAUUGAUGAACUAUACUGUAAUCAGUGUCUUCAUUUGUACCACGACCAAAGCACUUCAGAAUCAGCUGAUAAUAUAUGCAACCCACAAGGGGUACAUGAAAACACAGUCCUGCGUUAUAUCACACACACCCUUACAACCUGUUCUCUUUAUCAUAUGUUUGAAUACUUCUGCAACUGUCUUGCAGUUGCAAUACAUCUGAGUAUAUUUACAAUACAAUAAGAUUUAAAUACAUCUCCAUAUCCCUCUGUUUGGAAUUCAGCUGAAAAUCAUUCAAAUUUUAUAUGGGCCUCAGCACCAUAUGAAAAUAUUUUAAAUGACUGCAUAUUUUUAUACAAACAAAUAUGGAUAUCGAUUUUUUUUUCCUCGUCUUUCUUUCUUUUUUCUUUAAGAAAAAAUGCACUAUUGACUUCUACAGGUCAACAAUGAUGUCACUUUCCAAAAUGCACAACAUGGUAACGUGCAUAUAGCCAUAGAAGUAGGUUUGAUAACUGCAUACAUACAAGUAAUACAUGUAUAAAAAAAAAUGUUGCACUAUGCAUAGAUAUAGAUUAUAUGUAGACAAUCUGUACAAAAUGCCCACAGCUCAUCAUUUUUCUAAAGCUUCAGAUAAUUUUAAUUACAUGUGUUUUCAUGGGAAUACUGGAGUGGAUUUGUACGUACUGCAUUAUAAUGAAAAGCACUGUCUUAUUACUUGGCAUUGUUUGUCUCGUCUUUUUGGUGCAGGGCUGUGUGGAAUUUUGACUUAAAUAGCAGUCUCUGUUUCUCUCUUUUUAAGGAGGAAUUGAUGGGUACUGUUACACAUGUGUGAAGGGGCGCACAAGCUUUAGCUAAUAGAUUGAAAAGCACAACAAAUGAAUGCAGCAGCUGAAUGGAUGGAGUCAUCUUUAUGCAUGAAAAUGUUCUAUGCUCUAAAGGAAAGUAAGCACAUCAUCCAGUCAUAAUGCAGUCUAACCAAUUUCUGGGUCAAUAGUGUAAGCCAAGAAAUGUGACUUUCCCUGAGAGUUUAAUACACAGAGUAAAUUCACAUCAUAUGCAGUAUUAUGCACUGAACCUGUCAUCUUAACUCAGCUAAUUAGAGGGCAUGGUGUAUCUGGACCCUGUCAGCAUGUCACCAAGUAUUACACUGCAGCAUUAGUCACGCUGUUUAUCAAGGAUACAGUCUUGGUUUGUUGCCUUUCACAUGAUCAGAGUCAUCCUGUGAUUUUUUUGUCACCUGACCUGUCUCUGCUCAUUGGAAAUUCCUCAGAACAAAUGAAAUGAAAUCUACACAGUGAUGCAUGAUGUAAGCCUGCACAGGUUUGUACAUUGAAAUGUGUAGGAUUUUUUUUUUUUUGUAUCAAAAUGUUGCUGUGAAGUUAGUGGUGAAAACACUGUAAACCUGCAAAAAUGCACAGACAGAUACACACAAAAUGUUAUUAUUAUAAUUAUAAUUAUUAUUAUGAACAGUGUCCGGCAUUUAGUUCAUUUUUUCAGUUCUACAAUGAUUCUUUUUUAAAUGUCAGGUUAAAAUUUUGUACGACCAAACUAAUGCAACAGAUGAGUGAAUAGCACAUCAACGCAGGGCAAAUAAUAGUAGUUUGCCAGUGCAUUCAGAGGGAAAUCCUACGAAGAUCAAUUUUAACAUUUUAUUUAAGUAAGAAUCUUGCAAAGGUAACUGUGUGAUGGAAACACAGCAUUAACUGUAUAUAAAACCAAUUUGUAAUAAUGUCUUUUCUCUUUCAUCUUUUUGUAAUCAACGACCAAAUUCAAGAAUUUUUUUUUUUUGUCCCACGUGAGACUACAAAUACUGAUGAUCCAAAAAAUAUGUUCAAUUGAAAUGUGGCUGUCCUGUGUAUAUGUGCAAAUGUUGAAUUUGCAGAGAAGAAGCAGUCCAGUCAGUGUCUUAUUUGUAUUCCUGUUGUUAUGUUUGCUUUUGUUUGUUUGGUUUUCAUAUGAAACAGUGAUUUUCUAUGUCAGCCUCUGAUUUGUAAAUAGAACACUUCAUCAGCAUUUCCAUGCAAACUUGCAUCAGCUCUGAAAAGCAAAAACGUGGUCUCGUAUUGCAGAAACACGCAGUCCAACUAGGAAUAUGUGGGGUAAAUAUAUCUACAGUGUGCUGUUUCUUUAGUUGUUAGCUGAUGAAUAAAAGAUAUGCAUUCAUUUGA